AUGAAGUUUAUGGAAGGAGAGCUAGUGUUGCUGAUGGUUUCACCCAUUAAAAGUGUGGUGAGAUUUGGUAAGAGAGGUAAGCUUCGUCCAAUGUAUAUUUGGCCGUUUAAAGUUCUAAAAUGUGUGGGAGAGGUGGCCUGUGAACUAGCUUUGUCUCCAGGGUUAUCAGAUGUGCACACGGUGUUUUAUGUGUCUAUGUUGAAGAAAUAUCAUGGUGAUAGAAACUACAUUAUUCAUUGGGAUUCGGUCCUCCCUGAUGAUAAUCUAUCCUAUCAUGAGGAGUUUGUAGCUAUUCAAGAUGAGGAGGUCCGCAAAUUGAGGUCAAAGGAGAUUGCAUCUAUAAAGGUCCAGUGGAAGAAUCGUCCAGUUGAAGAGUCUACUUGGGAGAUAGAGGAUGAUAUGCACAUAAUAUAUCCACAUCUUUUUGUUGAUUUAGGUACCCCUUUCUUACCCUCACCUUCUUUUGAUCGUUCGAGGACGAACGAUGGUUAA